AUGGUGCGGUUAUGGUGUGACCAAAAAUUUGGUGGUGCGGUUAUGGUUUUGGCCGUACCGACCCCGAACCCAAUCGUUGCCACCCUAGUAAAUUGUCUUGAGUCUAAGCUUUGGAAAAAAGUUAUGAAUGAAGAAAUGGAAUCUUUGAUUAAAAACAUGGCCUGGAUUCUGGUAAAUAAGCCUGAGAAUCAGAAAGUAAUUGAUUGUAAAUGGAUCUUCAAAAUUAAAGAAGGGGAUUCUAAUGUAGGGAGUAAAAGAUAUAAAGCGAGACUUGUUGCUAAAGGUAUCACUCAAAAGGAAGGAAUAGACUAUAAUGAGAUUUUUUCCCCUGUUGCUAAAUACACCUCAAUUAGAAUCCUGCUGGCCUUANAAAAGGAAGGAGUGGACUAUAAUGAGAUAUUUUCUCCUGUUGCAAAAUACACCUUCAUUAGAAUUUUGCUUGCUUUGACUGCUCAUUUUAACUGGGAACUUGAUUGGCUUGAUGCGAAAACUAUUUGUCUGAAUGGGGAUUUUUAG